AGUGUGGCGGCAGUUUCGAGAAGGUGACGUCCUCGACAGCUCGCAACAAAAACAUCAAUAUUCAUCUUUUUACAGAUACAUAUUUACCAGAAACUGCUGAUAGAAUGUCGCCAGACACCAAAUUACAUUCCAGGUCGGUUCUAGUAGGCAGGUACCGCCCAGGUUUGCAGAGUUUGGGUGGUAUUCUGUUUCGUUGUCGAAAGAAGUGGACCUGGAAAGAAGAAGAUGGCGACUGGAGAAAAACAGCCAGAAGACUUGGCCCAGGAGAAGAGGGAUCGCAUGAGGGUUCAUGUGAUCAAGGAGAUACUGAAAACAGAGGAGGACUAUGUCCACACCUUGGAGUUUUUGGUCACGGCCUUCCUGAAGAGAAUGCGUUCUCGCAUGGCCACCCACAACGACAAGCUGAUCACAGAGGAGACCAUCUGGAUCCUGUUCUCCAACAUAGAGGAGCUCCUCACGCUCCACCAGAAGCUCCUCUCCACACUGAAGGAGUGCCUCCAGCCGGAGCCACAGGCCUGUCAUGAAAUCGGAGCCUGCUUCCUCAAACAUUUGUCGGAGUUCAGUGUGUAUGAGAUGUACUGCAGUAACCAUGAGAAGGCUCAAUGGCUACUGUUGGAGCUUCAGAAGGACCAGAACCUUAAAGGCUUUCUGCUGGCCUGUAUGUUACUGGGAGGCCACAAGACCACAGAUGUUCCACUGGAGGGCUAUCUGCUGUCCCCCAUCCAGAGGAUAUGCAAGUAUCCUCUUCUACUUAAGGAGUUGUUGAAGCAAACCGUGUCGACGCACCCUGACAUAGAGAACGUUAAGAGAGCCCUGGUAGCCAUGAAGGAUGUCUGCUCCAAGAUCAACGAGACCAAGCGUAGAAUGGAGAGUCUGGAGGCACUGGAGGAGUGGCAGUCUAAAGUGGAGGGAUGGGAGGGAUCCAACAUCACCAACACCUGCACAGAGCUGAUCAAACAGGGCAUGUUGCUGAAGAUCUCAGCAGGGAAUGUGCAGGAGAGGGUGUUCUUCCUGUGUGACAACCUGCUGGUCUACUGCAAGAAAAUACCCUCCAUUUCAAAGAGAGUGAUUGGUAAGAAGACGCUGACGAAACGGCAGUCCAUCAUGAUGCAGCAGCUGCAGCUCCCCUCCCAGGAGACUAAGGUCCAGUAUGAGUACAUCUUCAGGGGGAGGAUCAGUACUGAACUCAUGGAGAUAGAGAACAUCGAGGAUGGAACUGCUGAUUUCCACAGUAGUGGGUACACCGUGACCAACGGCUGGAAGGUUCACAACAACGCCAAGAACAAGUGGUUUGUGUGCAUCGCUAAAACCCCUCAGGAGAAACAGGAGUGGCUGGAGGCUAUCUACCAGGAGAGGGAGAAAAGGAGAAGUGUGAAGCAGUCCUUACAGAGAGACACCUGGAACCUGAUCUCAGAGAAGGGUGAGCGGCUGUACCACCUGAUGAACCGCAACACCAGCCUCAUCAGGGACAGGAAAUACCACCUCAGGACAUACCACAAGUGCUUUGUAGGCAGCGAGUUUGUGUCAUGGCUGAAGGAGCUAGGAGAGAUCAACUCUGUGGAGGAAGGCGUUCACCUUGGACAGCUGCUGCUGGAGAACGGUAUCAUACACCAUGUUGCUGAUAAACAUCACUUCAAGAACGAGCCGCUGCUGUACAGGUUCCGUUACGAUGACGGGACGUACAAAGGUCGCAGCGAGAUGCAGGACAUGAUCGCCAAGGGCAUCCACAUCUACUGCCGACUGCAUGGGCUCUUCAACCCUCUCAUCAAGAAUAAGGACCACUACCUGCGGACCCACAAGUCGGUGAUGGUAGCGAGUCGGCUGGUGGACUGGCUGGUGGAACAGGGAGACUGUAAGACCAGGGAGGAGGCGGUCAUGCUGGGGCAGGCUCUGUGUGACAGUGGCUUCAUGCAUCAUGUGCUGGAGAAGUACAAGUUUAAGGAUGAUUCUCUGCUGUUCCGGUUCUACGCUGAUGAGGAGAUGGAGGGGAUCUCAGCCAGGGGCAAGCAGCCUGCUACUGGUGGGAGUGGGGCCGCUGCAGCCAAAAUGGAUUUCCGACAAGUGGGCAGCUUCACAGCCAGGACCCUUGCAGUCCCAGUGCAUGAUGGGAAGGUUGGGUUCCAUCUGGAGAAGGCUGACCAAGGCUUGCUGGUCGUCACGGUAGCGGAUCAGUCCCCUGCACAGAAAGCUCGUCUGUAUCCUGGAAUGGUGGUGAAGGCCAUUGACGGACACUACUCGUUCCACCUGACUUCAAACAAUAUCAAGGCCCUCAUCCAGUCUGCCUGUACCCAGAGUGGUGUACUCUAUAUUACAGUCGCAGCACAGCAACAAGACACUACAUCCAUCGUCCAAGCAAGACAAGACUUGGGUUUCCAGGUCCGAGGCAGUAACCCAUGUGUGGUUCACCAUGUCAAGACAGACAGCCCAGCUGGUAAGGCAGGCCUGUUUCCAGGACAGAGCAUCCUGCAGGUGAACGGGAAGGACGUCUCCUGUGCUCCACAUGACACUGUGGUCUGUGCCAUCAAACGUAUCUCCCAUGGGCUCAUGAGGGCAAAGUCUGAGACUCACAUGCACAGGAUGGGGAAAUCCCUGCACCGCAAACGUCUGUCUCCAGUCAGCAGUGUGCAGGAAGGGUUCAGGAAGGACUGCAGCACUGAUGGGGAAGCGUCAACCUCUCAAGAGCAAGGAGGAGACUCCGUGAAGUCUGACUCUAACGGGGCCACGGCUGACAACAAGUCUCCCUCCUCCCCACGUCCACUGUCUCAAACUGUCACAGGGCCUACCAACAAGAUCACCCUGCAUGUUCAAAACAGUGGGCUGGAACACUAUGCUGUUUACGAGUAUGAGGCCAGUGGUGGGGUUAGGUACCAGGUCCUGGAGAGCAUGAAGGAGUCGGAGACUACCUUCACCAUUCCUGCCAAGUUGGUGACCCUGUACCUGGAGGAGGACCAGAAGUUCCUGGCUGAGCUGGAGGCUCUCCCGUUCCCUGCCAGGAUGGACGAAGGGCAGAAGUCUUGGCUGCAGAUGAGUAAAGACAAGUGGAAGGAAAUCCUCCAGAGGAAGAUAAAAGCCUACCAGAAGUUUUCCCGGCUGCUGUCCAACCACAUCUGGCCGUCCUUCAAGUCUGUGCGGAUGAAACAGAACCCGCCCCUCAGCAUGGACUUCUGCCCCAUGAACUGUCACCUGCAGACCCUGGACAUCAGCCUGCUGGGGCCCGCACACUCCUUACCUCCACAGCCACAGGAGGAGCCGGGGGCAGAGGACUCCGAACCUCCAGCUGACGGCUCGAACCCUACAGUGUGUGAACACACCACCUGCACCAUGGUGACCCUAGCGGCCCCGGCAGCACAUGCCAUGGGGCUGGGGAAGGGGGGGCUACAGGACAUCGUGGGGGGGACCAAGAACCUGCAGGACUCCAUGCACAACAUCCUGUGUGUGCUGGAGAUGGCAGUUAGAGAUCUGGAUCACAAGGAAGAGACCAUCAUUAAAGUGUUGUCAGGAGACCAGCACCAGAUGCUGGUGCCUGUGGGCUGUGUGCACCCCCCACUGGUGGCCACGGGGAGCGGCAGUGGGGAUGACCUGGAGGCCAACACCUUCCUGGAGUUUGAGGGAAUCUUCCAGGGCAUCAUCGGGAGAAGGGCAUCCAAAAUGGUGGUGACGAAAGACAAGGUUGUGAAGAGGGAGAUGGACAGUUUUCUUGCACAGGCAUGCCAUCUCUGGGAACGCUUGAGAGGUGAAGAUGUUGACGAGGCCCUGAAGGCAGUACAGAGAGUUUUUCCUUGUAGGGACUUCAGAGGAAAGCUGCAUGACCUGGGAAAGGUUGUGGAGUGUUACAAGGACUUCCUACAUCAGCACGAGGGCAAGGAAACCACCAUUGUUGUGGAGGGGGUGAAGACUCUGGUGGGAGAACUCACCAAAGUCGCUCAUGAGCUGAGACACAUCAUGUUCCUAGGGAUUCUGUCUAAAGAAGACCCCACCACUAGCAGCAGGAGGGAUGUGGUGUUCUCCCAGGCGCUGUCCGCAGCUGUGUGUGCCUUCUCAGAACAGCUGCUGGCAGCCUUGAACUUCACCUUCAACAACAUGAAGGAGUACAAGAUGGACAACAAGCUGGCCAGCAUCAAGUGGCUGGAGCAGACAGCCUCCAUUGGGGUCAUGGUCAUGUUUCAGGCCAUGCUCUCACCAAAUUGGAAUGAUGAGAAGUCUAUCCUGCAGGACUUGGUGGUUGGGGUCAGUGACCUUGACAAAGUUACCUUUAUCUUCAGGACUCUCUCACCGCAGGACUGUCAUGAAGCUGUAGAGCUGACCCACAGUGUGGAAGGCACCAGGUCCGGAGUACAGGUGGUGUUCUACCUGAAGAAAAACCUGUUUCUCAGGCUGCCUCGCAGGCUACAGGCUGGCAGCAGUAUCAAGAUGUGCCCUGUUCUCUUCAACCAGGCCUUGGUGAACCUGCACCAGAGCUGGGAUGUGGAUUUUGUCAAUGCUGUCCAGAUGCAGAACAACAUUAACCAGCAAGCCAUCCAUGACACGCAGGCUUUCUAUAAGAGGUUCAAGUCAGUUCUGUUUAACUGUUUCCUGCCUGUUUCAUUUUACACUUGUCAGUUUAGAUCAUGGUCCAGGAAUAUUUUGGAUUAUGUUUGUUGUUUUCUUCUUUUUGUAAUACUGCACUGCUUUCAGCUCCUGCGACCUUUGAACUCCUCUGACGAGCUUCUGCGGCAGCUGGAUACGCUGGUGAUGCAGGGGAAGAAGAAACAAGGGUUUGGGAUCGACCAUGGGCUGGGGGUGGGGCUGGUCUCCAUCACAUCCGAGUUCUGCUUCAGUGUCGGGGCCUGUAGGCUGCUCAUGUGCAAUACUGGCAUCCACAGAACCUCAUGUGCGGCUACCUUAGAGCAGAGCAUCAUCCUGACCCGUUGCCAUGGGUUACCAUCCCGUUACCUAGCAACGGCUGCCCACAUCAUCAAGAACCAAGGGGUCAGAGUUCAAAAUGAAGCCAAGCACCCCAGGAUAGAAGACAACACGCCUGCAGGAAUUCCCAGGUUAUACAGUUUGUGCCAGGACACCAGCAGUCCAGAGGCGGAAGGCAGGAAGCCUACCUGACAUUCCACCACUGGUGCUGCCGGUGUACAUGACUGUGUAUUGUCAUAGGACUUAUUCCUUAAGGUGGCACAAUACUGGAUUUAGGAUGCCUGUAAUAAUGUUGUUAUUGUUGUUCGAUUCAAAGC